AUGGAAAACUUCAGAGAUGUGGCUUGGAAGGUGAACAAAAAUGAAGAUACGUUGCUUGUUUGCUUGUAUAUGGAUGACUUGAUCUUCACAGGAAAUAAUUUAAGUAUGUUUAAGGGGUUUAAGGAAUCAAUGAUUCGAGAAUUUGAAAUGAUGGACAUCGGCCUCAUGUCAUAUUUCCAUGGCAUAGAAGUGAAGCAAAUGGAUGAAAGAAUCUUUAUCUCUCAAGAAGGUUAUUUAGAUAGUGAUUGGGGAGGAGAAGAGAAUGAUAGAAAAAGCACCUCUGAUUUCGUAUUUUACAUGGGAGAUAUUGCUUUUACAUGGCAAUCAAAGAAGUAA